ACUGGCUCCUGCUGCUUAAUCUGGUCCCCAAGUGGGACAACAGGUAGAUAAUCCACCGCCUAUAAUUUACCCAAACUAUCCGCAUAAUUACUAGAUAGUAAGCCGCCCAAUAAUACUCAUUUUAUUAAUCUCAGCAGGUGCUCUGUAUGUUGCUGCAUUUAGCAGCUAUCUUUUCAAGCAGAUCUGAAGUGAGAUUGAUGUUGUGUUUUGUCCAUGCAGUUAUGUAUUUACAGAACAGUGUCCCCUGAGUGUAUUUUGCACUAUUUGCAGAUAAGUAUCUGAAUGUGUGUCCAACAUGGAGAUUUCAUUGUUUGUCACCAGAUCCUAGUGAGGACGGGGCUGAGAACCCAAAGAGGAAACGUCAGAAAGACGUUUCAAACUCCACAGAAUCUGUGAGCCCUCCUCCAAACAAGAAAAAACGUAAGCAAAGAAAGGUGGAGGAACCCUCACAUCCAGAAAUGAAUGGGGAUGCCAUCAAGGACACCAUAAGCACAGCAAUGGAACUGCCCCAGGCGUCAGAGUCCCACACCUGCUUCUCUCUGGCUGAGAGAGUUAAACUAAAGAAAAGGAGGCGAAGGGGUCUCAUCACAUUAGGGCUAAGUGCGCUCUCCUCCCGGGCAGGCCUACUGACAAGGAGGAGGUGGGUCCUCCAACAGCGGGGGCGGAGCCGGGUAUGUGUCCAAGAAUUGGCUUAUGUUGAUUAUUGCAUUUUUGUCAUACUGAAUACCCACUGAUCUCUUUGCAUUUCCCCAACAGAGAGCACUUCUUCUAUCUUCUGAUAUCAAGACUUUGGAAGUCCCAGUGAUGCAACAGAAAAUGCUGGGCGCUGCCGUGAGUAAUCAGAAGAUUGGGGGCGCUGCCGUGAGUAAUCAGAAGAUUGGGGGCGCUGCCGUGAGUAAUCAGAAGAUUGGGGGCGCUGCCGUGAGUAAUCAGAAGAUUGGGGGCGCUGCCGUGAGUAAUCAGAAGACUGGGGGCGCCGCCGCCAUGAGUAAUCAGAAGACUGGGGGCGCUGCCGUGAGUAAUCAGAAGAUUGGGGGCGCUGCCGUGAGUAAUCAGAAGAUUGGGGGCGCUGCCGUGAGUAAUCAGAAGACUGGGGGCGCCGCCGCCAUGAGUAAUCAGAAGACUGGGGGCGCCGCCGUGAGUAAUCAGAAGAUUGGGGGCGCUGCCGUGAGUAAAGAGAAGAUUGGGGGCGCUGCCGUGAGUAAUCAGAAGACUGGGGGCGCUGUGAUGCAAAAGAAUAAACGGGUGAAUAAACAGACGGCAGCAAGCACUGAGACAACCCAAGUAACUCUGCGUAAAGCGGAGGGCGCUGAGAUGCCUAAAAAGAAGGCAAGGGGCACCAAGGCUGCUAAAAACCAACCAGGAACUACUCCCUGUGAAGAUUUUGUGUCUUUCUGUAGCACAGAUGCUCCAAAACCUGUAUUUGUGAAAACUGCAAAGAGCAAGGGACGGCAGGUAAAAUAGUGUGGGGGACGAGCACAGAGCUGGUGGAGGGUAAUGCACAGUGUGGGGGGC